GCUGCCCAUUUUGGAACCCAAAACCCUUGCGGACAUUAUACUGCACUGGAAACGGCAUUCCUGCGAAGAAGAGAAGCGAAAAUGGAGGAAAGAAUAAAAUACUUGGCAUUGGUAGGAGCUGGGGCUCUUUUGGGCGCUGGUUCUACCUUGUUGCUUCUCAAGCAACUUCCAAGAACCUUCGCGGGAAAAAGCAGUAAAAAACCUAUGGAAAAUGGUAAAGAACUUGUACCUGAGAUGUCUUCACGAAGCUGCGCAGUUGCUGGUGACGGGAAUUCUGGGACGUCUUGUCCAGACCUUUUAACAGAUGAAAUAGUUUCUGAACAAUUGACCAGGAACAUACAAUUCUUUGGCCUUGAGUCUCAACGCAAAGUGACCGCAUCCUAUGUUGUCAUUAUUGGUCUUGGAGGAGUUGGGAGUCAUGCUGCUUCUAUGCUUCUGAGAUCAGGAAUUGGGAGGCUUCUCCUUGUGGACUUUGACCAGGUUUCUCUUUCAUCCUUAAAUCGACACGCUGUUGCAACACGAGCAGAUGUUGGUAUUCCUAAGGCUGAGUGUCUCAAGAAGCAUUUCUCAUUAAUUUUUCCAGAGUGCCAUAUUGAAGCAAAAGUACUAUUAUAUGAUUCAUCAUCUGAAGAAGAAAUUCUCUCAGGCAACCCUGACUUUGUUUUGGACUGCAUUGAUAACAUUGAUACAAAGGUGGCACUUCUUGCAGCAUGUGUGCAUAGGGGUUUAAAGGUUCUAUCUGCAACUGGAGCUGGUGCGAGAGCUGACCCAACAAGAAUCCGUGUGGCCGAUUUAAGAGAGUCAACAAAUGAUCCAUUAUCUCGAUCUGUAAGACACCGUCUGAGGAAAGAUUAUGGUAUUGAUGGUGGCAUCCCUGUUGUGUUCUCACUUGAAAAACCUAAAGCGAAGUUGCUUCCGUUUAAGGGACCGAGUGGAGAAGAAGAUAAUCCUUCUGAUUAUCAGAUAGUACCAGGCUUUAGGGUUCGCAUAAUACCUGUCCUGGGCACCGUCCCAGCAAUUUUUGGCCAGGUCAUGGCCUCAUAUGUUGUGACACAACUAGCUGGAUUGCAAGUUCAAAUGGAGCCUGUGGUAAACUUUGAUUUGGACCAUUAUCGGAUGCUUCAUCAGCGCCUUGUUGAGCAUGAGGAGUCACUAUAUGGUACAGCAAUGGAAGUGCAGUGUUUGGCAAUUCUGCUACAAUAUAAUUGGUAUCAGAGCAAUGUUUUGAAGCAAGCCUUGUGUUGAUCAUUUCAAUAGAGUUGCAACAUGACUAGAUGGUGGGUGCUGAUUCUCUUAGAUUGGGUGGGUUGGAGGAACAAAUUAGAGUUUUGCAAGAAGAGUCUAGGAGAACUAUGGAAUUGCUGAGGGAGAAAAUCAAGCAGAAUGUUGUAGUGACAAAAAAUUCCAUUAUGGAAGUAUUUUGAUCUCUUCUUACUGAAAUCAUGAAUGAUGAGGGAAAAGGUGUCGUCAAUGAGGAGAGUGUAACUAAUGGGAUUUGAGUGUUGUGGGAAGAGGAAUUUUACCCAUACCCAGAGAGAUUGAACCACAAGCAAGGAUUGGGUUCUGGGAGUGGAAAUUCUGUUGGGGGAGCUGUUUGGGUCUUUAGUUGAUCAUGAAGCUAUGGAAAAAUAUCUUCCUAAAAUUAAAUUAAUGACUUUUGAUGGUAAGGAACCUAGAGUGUGGGUGAGAAAAUGUAUCAAGUUGCAUGGGGUUCCUCUAUCUUUAAUCACUGACGGAAACAGUUAAUUCCAGCACUUUUUAGAAGGAAUUGUUUAAAUUGCUGGGCAGAUCUCUCUGUUACAGUUCAGCUUAUCACCCACAAAGUGAUACAAAGUGAUGGCCAAUCUAAAAGGCUUAAUCAAUUUAAAGGCAUACUUAAGAAGUGACUUUCACAACUCCGUUUAAAUGGAGUAAAUGGCUGUUAUUGGCAGAAUGGUGAUAACAACACUGUGUAAUUGGCAUGCCACCCUUUGAAGCGCUUCAUGGUUAUCCUCUAGCUCUAUUGACAUUUUUGCCUACUACCGAGACAUCAGAGGCUGUUGUUUCUGAGUUCUUUCAGAAGAGACAACAUAUAUCGCAGUUACUUAUAGAAAAUUUGCAGGCUGCUCAGAUGAGAAAGAAGCAUCAAGCAAACAAGAAGAGGACUAAGAGAGCAUUUGAAGUUGGAGAUGGGGUGUUCCUUGAACUCCAGCCAUACAGACAGACGUCCUUGGCUGUGAGAAAGUCCUUGAAACUCUCAGCCAAGUAUUAUGAGCCAUUUCAAAUUGUUUCAAAGAUUAGUCAAGUUGCUUAUAAGUUAGAGAGCUGCCUCCUAACUCUAAUACACAUCCCGUAUUUCAUGCCUCCUUAUUGAAGAAGAAGGUUGGGGAUAAUACCUAUUCAAGACCUGCCCACCAUUUCCACUGAUAAUUUUGCAGUAGCUCUUGAAAGCAUUCUGCAGACAAGAACUAUUUUGAGAAAUGGACAGCAGGUUCUAGAAGGCCUUGUUAAAUGGGUGUCAACCUUCUUGUUGAAGAUGCCACUUGGGAGAACUAGACUUUCAUCAUAGCUCAGUUCCCUGAUUUUAAACCUUCUUAUCAUGGAGGGGGUAUUGUUACAUGUUAUAGAAAGAAGAAAAGAAAUGUAAAGAAGGGAAACAUGUAAUUAGAAUUGGAGGAUAAAUUGGGUAUAGAUUCAUAAGGUAGUUGGACAGCUGGAAAUUUGUUAUCUGGCUGGUAUUUUGUUAGAGAAUAGUAUGUAAAGCGUGUAACACACACGUAGAGAGGUAUCCUAAAAGAUCAAUACAGAAAUACUAUUCUCCUUCCCUCUCUAAUUCUGAUUUCUCGCUAUUUCAUCUGCUUCUUCUUCCUUCUUCUAAUUCUCUCACAAAUCCCUUCUGUUCUGUUUAGCAAUUCUGCUACAGUACAGAUUCAAAGCUUAAGAAUUGAU